ACAAAGAUAUAGGAAUAGGAAGAUAAAGAUUAACAAUACAUACACAUAGACACACACCCUCAAUUUCAUGGAGAAAAAAAAUUAUGAAAUAUAAUAAAUAAAUAAAUAUAUUUACACACCAAUCGUCUAUUUUUGUUGUUUUAAUUAGCGGUUUAUUUCAACUCCUUUUCUCACGCUUACUUGUUCUUCGAGCGUUCAAUUUUAAUUACAAAGCGAUUAUCCUCGCCGGAAUUUCGUGUAUAUAUUUUGUGUGUAUUUUCCGGCAAGAGGGAGGGGCAUUUGCUAUAAUACGCCGGGGUGCGCAGAUAAGAAUUGGGGGAAACAAUCGCGGGCGUACACGUGGAUGGUAAGAUGAGGGAGGGGAAGAUAGCGGUGGGGCCCAGGUUGAAGUGGGGUACAUGGGAGGAGCUUGUAUUGGGAAGCGCGGUUUUGAGGCACGGGAAUAAGGAUUGGAAUGUGAUUGCUUCGGAGCUCCGGGUCCGAACCGUUUACCCGUUUAGCUUCACCCCUGAGGCUUGUAAAGCAAAGUAUAAGGACUUGCGAAGGCGUUACUCUGGCUGCAAGGCUUGGUUUGAAGAACUAAGGAGAUGCCGGAUGAAAGAGCUGAAGCUAGAAUUGAAGAAAACUGCAGAAUCGAUCGGAUCUCUUGAGGCGAAGCUAAAGAGGCUUAAGACUUCGAAAAAAGAGGACUGUGAGGUUGAUUAUGAUACCAGCCGGACAGAAUCUCCUGAACCUGUACCAAAGACCGAGCUCAUUGACUAUUCUGCUAAAGAAACUUCCAAGGACAGUUUAUCUGCUGGAAGUUACACUCAGGAUUUCAGGUCAAGCUUUUCCCCUGAUUGUCGAAUUACAGAACUAGAAUCAACUCCAGAGAUGGAAACAAGGCCAAAGAGAUUGGAGUCCGAUGAGCAUGAGACACUUAUGAGCAUAAAGAUAGAAGGGCUAAUGAAUGAAAAAGUAAGUACUGUAAGAAAGAGGAGAGGUAAAAGAAAGAGGAAAGAUUGCAAUAUGGAAAUCAGAGAAGGCAGCAUUGCAGAAAGUGAACAUUUUCACCAAGCUAACGUUCAAACUAUUUCAUCUUGGAAGGAAACCUCGACCAGUGGCUGUGGUCAAAUAGUCAAAUCUUCCUCUGUAGAUGGUCACAAUAAAGACUUAUUUAGGGGGACAAGUGGCGGCUUGAUGGGGUUUUUUAGUGUUGUUGCAGAGAGCAAGCAUGCACUGGUCUUUAAGCGAAGACUUGAUGGCCAGAAGAGGGCAAGGUACAAGAGAAUAAUACGACAGCACAUGGAUCUCGAUACAAUUAAGUCGAGAAUUGAUAGUGGCACCAUCAAAUCAAUUAAAGAACUCUUCAGGGACUUACUUCUGCUAGCCAAUAAUGCGCUGAUCUUUUACUCGAAAAGAACACGUGAAUACAAGUCGGCCUUUUCCCUCAGAGAACUUCUCAUGAAAGAAAUAAGACAACAGUGCAGGGAUUCCCUCAAUAUCUCCUCGUCCAUUGUACAUUUCUCACCAAUGUGCAGUACUCCUGUAAGACCAAGAAGUUUUCGCCCCCGACCAGAGAAAUCAAAGUUUUCUGCCAAGCCAACUGAAACUGCAGGUGGUGUUGCUGGAACUCUGCUCGGUAAUAAAAGGGUAGGCGAUGCGAGUCCUAGUACUCCAUCACUCGCAUUGCAGUCAUCUGUGAUGGCAAGAAAAAGCCCUGGAGCUCCACAGGGGUACCUGAAACUGCGACAUGCUGAUACCAGCUCUACUCCUUUAGGGUCCCUGACGAUGGCGAAGAAACAUGUAGGAAUAUCUGUUGGCUCCAAAAAACCAAACAAUGCUGAUUCUAAUCUUCCAAAGCAGUCAAUGCCGGUGGCUAAGAAAGGUGUCAGUCCUCAGGGAAAGAUAGUGCGGCCAAACUCCAAUAACCAUCGAUCUAAAACUGUCGCAAUGAAGGAAAGAAAACGAGCUGGACAGAAGAUUACUGGUUUGUAGUUUUUCUUUAUUAUAAGCUAAACAUAGGUGAUUAGUCAUAGUUGUAUCAUUAGCUAAACAUAACUCAGUUGUGAUAAUAUCAACUCAGACAUAUCAAAGUAUAUUCCAGUAUUAUCGUUUAGGAAAAGGUUUAGAUGUACACAACUAUUCUAGAUGUUUUAAUUAAAUCUGAUAUAUGUCGAGUUUUAUUCAA